CAAAACAUGAUUCAUCUUUCGCAUUUUUGACAGUUUUUACGUUUUUUUGUGCAUACGUGUCCGCCAAGAUGGAAACAGACAAAAUUGUAUCAGUGUUAACUCGAAUAGUCCGAUCCGAAAUCAGCCCCCUUAAAACCAAAUUAGAAAGCAUAGAAGCUAAAUUAGAAGAACAGAAAAAUAAAAUAAACAAAAUCAUGGCCAUAUUAAUACCGGACGACAAUACAGCAAAAGACACUUUGUAUAAACGACAAACAACACCACAACCACCCUUUUUCAAGAAAGAUUUUUCUCACAAAGAACCAAUAAACUCCUAUUUUGACCCGAAAAAAGUCAAAAUUAACUCCACCGUGUCCAGUAACAAAAACCCAGUCCAAGUUUUGAAUGAACUAUACCUCGGUGCCUCAUUCGUCGUCAUUGGGCAAUCAGGCCCCGACCACCUGCCCACUUUUAAAGUAUCUGUAACAGUAGGAGGUAGAACUUUUUACGGAACAGGUCGUUCAAAAAAAGAAGCAAAUGUUAGUGCUGCCACAGCAGCCUUAAAAUUUAUAAACCAAGAAUCCAAGAAAGAAGAGGUACUUGAAGACGAAGCAGCGAAGGGAGCAGUGAUGAUGUUGAACGAGUGGUACCCCAACACUGCGUACCAGUAUGAAGAAACAGGAGGUUUUGUGUCAGCAAGGUUCAGAGUUACAGCUAUAGUAGGCACGGAAAAAUUCGUCGGAAUGGGUUCGACCAAACAAGCAGCGAAGACAGAAGCUGCGAAUUUAGCUUUGACUAAGUUGCAGUUUAAUUUACAAGCGAAAAAACCGACUGAGUAUAGUGGGGUGGUUGUAGAGACAGAAGAACAGAAAAUGGCAGAUCAUGUUGCUAGACUUAUUCAAGAAAAGUUUGAAUCUUUGAUGUCUAAAGACCUCCUUCACGCCAAACGCAAAGUCCUUUCUGGUAUCGUCAUGACCAGAAACGGUAAUCUAUCAGAUGCGGAAGUCGUUGCAGUAACCACAGGCACCAAAUGUAUCUCUGGUGGUUACAUAAGUACUAAAGGUAGUUCCUUGAACGACAUGCACGCAGAAGUACUUUCUAGAAGGUGCCUGAUCAGCUACUUCUACGACCAACUCGAUCUCGUUGCUAAAUUCCAAGAACAGAAGUCCAUUUUCACGAAACGAACAAAUGGUAAAGGUUUCAAGCUCCGGAAAGGAGUAGAGUUUCAUUUGUACAUUAGUACUGCACCAUGUGGGGAUGCCAGUGUCUUUAGUUUGAACGAAUAUGGCGAUAAAAUGGAUAAACACCCCAAUAGGAGUUGUAGGGGGUUGUUACGAACGAAAAUUGAAAACGGGGAAGGUUCUAUUCCUGUGGAUGGUACUAGACAAACAUGGGACGGGAUACUACAAGGCAAUAGACUACUGACGAUGACUUGUUCCGACAAAAUUUGUCGCUGGAACGUUCUAGGACUACAAGGGGCACUUCUAACACACUUUAUAGAACCAGUGUACUUGAAAUCAGUAAUCUUAGGAAGUUUGUUUCACGAAGAACACUUGCAACGAGCGUUGUACGGCCGAAUUGACCAUACAAUUAAGAAAGUUGUGUUGCCAUAUUGUAUCAAUCGACCGAAUUUAGCUCGAUUGACAGUCUGCGAGAGUCGCCAGGCUAGCAAUAGUACCAACUUCUCGGUUGUUUGGUGUAGGGGAAAUACACAAGCUGAGAUAAUUGAUGGUAGUAUUGGUAAACCUGAGCUCGGGGUGUCGAAGUUUUGUAAGCAGGAGUUGAGUAGGAGGUUUGUGCGGUUGCUGGGGAAAAUUUCCAGUGUUACCACCGUGGAAAACAUGAAAGCUAAUUUGUACUGUGAUGUUAAGGAAGCGGCGAGCGAGUAUAAAGCCACUAAAGAGGUUUUGUUGGACGCGUUUGUCGCUAGUGGGCUUGGUACUUGGGUUUCUAAACCAAUGGAGCAAGACAGAUUUGCCGUUAAGUAAAGUACUGUAUUUUUGUAUUUUUUUUAAUAAAUGCGUUACUAAGC